AUUGUAGACCUGCACAUUCGUAAACAAUCAAAUUCUGGCAGUAAUGUGUAUUUUUGUGCCUUUAUUGUUCCUACCCCCACUCACUAACUAGUCUUUCGGCGUUUUAGAAAUUUUUACUUGCAGGAUUUAAAAUGCAUCUUCUCAUUAUAGAUCUGAUCUUAUGUCGAGAUACAUACUCGUUCUCGUGUUCCUUCAUUCUUCGUAAGACUGACUUCGAGAGUAAUUUUGUGCAGUUUUUAUAAUUCGCUUAUUUUUUUUUCGUCGUGUGAUUUUUUUUAAAGAUAUUUUUCCAAGACUUUAUACGUACGAUUUUUGUCGAUUUUUUAAAAAUAUUUAUUUCGUGUUGUGUAAAUUGUACGAACAAUUUUUUCGCGAGUGUUCCACUUGUUGCUGAUUUUUAAAACAUUCCACGCGUCCGUUACCUACCUACCUGUAAAUUUUCAACACGAUGGAGUCUGAACGUUCAAGCCUACAGAAAAUUUUCCCAAACGUACCACGAGUGAAGCAGGUGAUUAUCGAGGAUGAUGCAUUCACCAUCCAUUGCUGCAGGUACGCAGCAAAAUCUGAUUUCUUCAGCGUUCUCCUGACCCACGACUUUGCUGAGAAGGACUUGAAGAAAAUCAAACUUCACGGAAUUGCACCAGAUGUGUUCCAGAAAGUUCACAAGUUGCUCAACACCGGUACAUUGGAGGUGAAUCCAGAGGAGGCUGUUCCUGUGUACAUCGCUUGCAGGUACCUUUUAGUGAAGGAUAUCUACCUGAAGGACUUGCAAGAAUUCAUAGUGAAGAAUUUUGAUGACCUGGAUACCAUCUACCUCCUGGAGUACACCUUCCAAAACAAUGACCAGCUGUUGGAUUCAGUCCUUGCCCACUUGGCACCGCAAGUUGAAAUGAUCCACACAAGCGAAGACUUCAAAAUGUUGUCGGUGGAGGUAGUGGCAGCGCUAGUGACAGACUCUAGAAUCAAGAUAGCCAAUGAAGACUCCAUCUGUUGGGCCAUAGCCUCAUGGCUAUGUCAUUCUUAUGACAGAACAAUGAGUGUUGGCAGAAUUCUAUGUAAAAUUGCUCCUGAGAAGUUCCAUUCAAGUAUGCAGUUGGACCUCCCAGAAGAAAACUGGAAUUUGAAAGACAUAGCCAAUGAAUUGUACUCGUGGAUCUUCGAAUGGCAGCCCAAAGUUCCCAGGAAAUUCAACAACGAAUUUUUCAAACCUGAUCAGCCUCUGUAUGUCAGUAAUGAGGAUGGAAUUCUCACUCUCACUCAUUUUGAUGGCCAGAUGUGGACACAACUAAACCGCCCUCGGACUCCAAUUGCCGCAUCAACUGUCACUAGUGCUGCCUGUAAGCAGGCAGACUUAUACGUAGCCACUCAAGAAUUGCUGUCAGAUCCAUUUCAAGUUCGAGCCAACAUCCUGCAUUAUAAUUUCCGCACUGAUAAGAUCAGAACUAUGAAGACACCUGGAGGAGAAUGCAUCAGAGGAUUGCAUUUUGUCAAUGAUCGUUUGUACUCAAAUACUGAAAGCAUUGUCCAACAAUACUGUGCUGAACAUGAUGUUUGGCUCAAUCCCAUGGAUAUUGGAUUGACUUGCUAUCAGUUUAGUGCCAGUGAUGGACAAUAUUUUUAUGUAGCUGGGCAAUACGAGAAUAGCGAAUGUGAUACAGUCCAUUUCUAUGAUCACAGGUGGUCUGAAUGGAUCUACUUUGCUGAUGUGCCGCGGAAUUAUAGAGCUGCAUGUGGAACAUUCAUUGGAGAGGACCUGUAUGUUGCUGCAAUUGGCUGCCGUGGAAGAAGAGACUGGCAGUUCUUGAAGCUGGAUACCAGGAAUUGUCAAUGGGAGGAAGUGAUGAGCUGUUGGGCAAGGACUGCAGCAACUCCGGUCAGCAUUCGCCAAUGUAAGGAGCUGUUGGUGGUAAUGGAUCACCAACAGCAUACUUACAUUGGACCAGUAAAUGGGAAAGGUCAAAUGCGGAUUUUUGACCAUUAUCGUAACUACCUUAAACCUGUAAGUAGUGCUAAUUAAUUGGUGUGUUUAUUGUAUUUUGUUUUGUUUAAUUUUACAUUGGCCUAUUUAUUGUAUAUAUUUGUUUGUUGUUUUGCCAUUUCAUUUGAUUGGUUUUUUUUUUUAUUCUUUCAUUGUUGUACAGUGUGAAGUUGUGUUUGUAUAUUUUCCUAUUUUUGCCUAUUUAUUGUAUAUAUUUGUUUUUUGUUCUGCCAUGUCAUUUGAUUCGUUUUUUUUAAUUCUUUCAUUGUUGUACAGUGUGAAAUUGUGUUUGUAUAUUUUCCUAUUUUUGCCUAUUUAUUGUAUAUAUUUGUUUUUUGUUUUGCCAUGUCAUUUGAUUGUUUUUUUUUUAUUCUUUUAUUGUUGUAAGUAUAGUGUGAAAUUGUGUUUGUAUAUUUUCCUAUUUUUUUAAUAUUAUUUUUUGAAUUCAUUACCUAUUGAUUCCUAUUUAAUUACUACUUUCAAUUCUUCCUACAAUAUCCUAUCUUUUGUUGUGAUUCCUACCUCAUAUAAAAUGGUGUUUGGUAUUAGUUUUCUUUUUUUUUUGUUUUUAAAUUUUCCAAUAUUUUUUUUUAUCAAAUAAGUGUAAGUCUUGGUGAUUAUAUGUACCUAAUUUGUGAUUCCUUAUUGUUAGUACCCCCAGUCAAUUUUAUGUGAUUUUGUGCAUUUGUACAUUUUUCCUAUUUUUUUUUGUGAAUUUGUAUUUUUGAAAUUUUUAAACUUUUUAUUACCUUUCAAUUCUAUUCAAUCAUUUUUAAUACUUCCUAUGAUAUUCUUGUCGUUUUUUGUGAUUGCUGAGUGCCUUAUGUAAAAUUAUUUUAAAUUAGUUUCCCUUUUUUUUGUUUUAAAAUUUUCCUUAUUUUUUAAUCAAAUAAGACAGUGUAAGUCUUGGUGACUUUAUGUACUUUGUCAUUCCUUGUUAUUAGUACCCUAGUCUAUUUUUAUGUCAUUUUGGUACCUGUGUUUUUUUGUACUGCCUACUUCUUUUUAUCCUCUUUAUUGUAUACUUUUUGUGGGAAUUUUUUAUUCCUUGAUUUUUAUCUAUGUAUUUAUAUUGUUUGAUUCCUUGCUUUUUAGUACUCUCCCCAGUCUAAUUUUUGUAUGUACAUAGUUUUAAACUCUUCUCUGAGGUACUAUUUGAUUUUAGAUAUAACCUCUUUAGUCUUAAUUGCAUACCAACGAUUCAUGUACCUAUAUAUUUUAUUAUUUGGGUUUCACUAUUUUUUUUAAAUUCCUUGUUCUGUUUUUUAUUGUAAGUGUUGUGUGUACCUACCUAGGUACCUAGUUUUAUAUUUUCCUUCAAAUAUUUCUUCUUAAAAUUUGCUGAUUUGCAAUUUACAAUUUUUUUAAUAAUUUUUUCUGCACCUAUUAGAUACCUACUUGAAUUUUUAAAUGUUUUUUUACCUCGUAAACAAUUUCAAAAUUUUAUAACAAACUUACAAUCCAGUUUAAAUCACUCGAAAGCCAAGUUCUUGAGAAUUUUUUUUAAUGGAUGCAUUCGAAGCUUUUCGUUUUUAUAGUAAACUGCAUAAUCCCAAAAAUUGAAAGUUAUUUUUUUGUAAAAUUUGGACAAUUGUGAGCAAAUUAUCAAAAUUUGAAAAUUGAGGUAUUGGGUAUUGAGAGUAAUGAGGUUUUGAAAUGGUUGUAUCUGUCUUCUUUAGAAAACAACAUUUUGUAUGAAGAGCUGUAAAGUUAUGAGAUUUGGUAGAACAUAAGUAAACUGGGUGCAAGGAAUCACUUCCAGGAAGGGAAACUAGUACGUAAAUUGGAAACUGAACUGAAUGCAACAGCUACAAAAAAAAGUGUUGAAAAUUUUACAAUUCAAGUCCCAAAUACUAAUUUCUGCACUUCCAUCGACAUUUUUUUAGUCAAUUUCUAAAAUUUUGGGAAAACUUUAAAUUUCAAAAAAAAUUGGAAGGCUUACAGAACUGCUUAAAAUGAUCCGAAGUAACUUCAAAUUGAUUUGAAGUCGACGAGGAGAGGAGUGGGGGUAAACAUAGAGAGCUUGCUUAUCAAAUUUCAACUUGUUGUUCAUUUGGAUUAUUUUUAUUUCAAUUUUCUUGAUUUAAUCGUCCUAAAAAAAACAGGUCAAAAGCGAGAGAAAUUUUCUGGAAUAUUUUAUAAUGUUUUUUACAUCAGAAAAACGUCUGAAAAAUUGUAUUAACUCAAGUUUCCAAAAAAGAGAUAAUAAAGAUUAAAAACAUUAUAAAUUCAAACUUCUACAAGGAGACGGAAAAAUUCAUUCUCGAAAAUUUUAUUUUGGAGGGGAGAGGAAAGGUCGACAUUGCUUCUCAUGUUUUACAUUAGAAUGAAAAAUUAGUCUCAAAAAAUUAAAUUUGAAAAUUUUUAAAUUUCGUUAAGUUGAAGAAUUGGUUUUUAAAGUAAAGGGAGAAUACUUUUUGAAUUUUUGUGGAGGGGGGGGGGUUUAAACACUUUUACAGGAACGGUGAGAGUGGAGUUUCAUAAAUAAUGUUCAGAUUUGAAAAUCUGUUCUAAAAAAAGAGAAUAAAAUAAAAUUGACUGAAAAAUGGAAAAAAGUACUUACUAGUUGGUGUCAAACAAGCAGAACCUCCUAAAGUGUUAUUUUUUGAGUAGUUUGAUUUCUGAGAAUUGAGGAGUGGGGGAUAGGCUGAAUGUUUCCACUUUUUAAGUUUUAAGAGAAGAAUAAAUGAAAAUAAUUUCAAAGUCUGGUUUGAAAGUUUGAAAAAUGGAAAACUAGGACUUUUUGGUUUUUAUUUUUUGGUGAUUUUUACCAAAAAAAAAAAAAAAAAAUGAGAAGUCUUCGUUAGGUGCCCAAUUUACGUAUAAAUACAGUAUACACGUAUCAUUAAGUUGUGAUUCUUGCCUACCUAUGUGCCCAGCAUACAUGUAGAAAAUGAAAUUUGCCCAAUGCACUUUUUUUUGUACCUAGAAUUACGACGACAACAUGCCAUUAUGUGAUUUAUGACCUCAAAUAAUUCCUUCUACCUUUUGUUAAAGACUAUGUCAUUAUUUUAGUUUGUAGAAUUAUGAUAAACUUAUAAUUUAUGCAAUUUAUGCAAAUUAUUACCUACCUAAGUACGAGUAUUAUAGUCAAGUAUUUCUAGUAUUCACUCGAAUUCUUCCAAAUAUAUUUUUGAUUUAUGUUAUCUCA